AUGAACUUCCUCCGCCGCCGGCUGUCGGACAGCAGCUUCAUCGCCAACCUCCCCAAUGGCUACAUGACCGACCUGCAGCGCCCCGAGCCCCCCCAGCCGCCCCCACCCACCGGGCCGGACAGGAGCAGGCAGAGCGGGGCGCAGGCGGCGGGGGGCUUCUUCUCCUCCAUCACCAACGUGGUCAAGCAGACGGCGGGUCUGGGGGAGCAGAGUGCAGGGGGCCCCGGGAGGAAGUCCCGUAUCCUGCUGGUGGUGGAUGAUCCCCACACCGACUGGGCAAAAUGUUUCAGAGGAAAGAAGCUUCAAGGAGAUUACGAUAUAAGAGUUGAACAGGCUGAAUUUUCAGAAAUAAAUCUCAUUGCUCAUUCUGAUGGGACGUUCGCUGUAGAUCUCCAGAUGUUCCGCGGUGGUUCCCGAGUUGUCAGGUCUUUCCGACCAGACUUCGUUUUCAUUCGACAGCAUUCCUUUAGCAUGGCAGAAAAUGAAGACUUCCGCAACCUCAUCAUUGGCAUGCAGUAUGCCGGUACACCCAGUGUCAACUCUCUGGAGUCCAUUUACAACUUUUGUGACAAGCCAUGGGUGUUUGCCCAACUCAUAUCUGCCUUUAAAACUUUGGGAGCAGAAAAGUUUCCAUUGAUUGACCAGACGUACUACCCAAAUCACAAGGAGAUGCUUGCAAUGCCCACGUUUCCUGUUGUAGUGAAGAUUGGACAUGCACAUUCCGGAAUGGGAAAGGUGAAGAUAGAGAACCACUAUGAUUUCCAGGAUAUCGCUAGCGUUGUGGCCUUAACACAGACCUAUGCCACCACUGAACCUUUUAUAGACUCUAAAUAUGACAUCCGGAUUCAGAAGAUAGGAAAUAACUACAAGGCAUACAUGAGAACCUCCAUAUCAGGUAACUGGAAGACUAACACUGGGUCUGCAAUGUUAGAACAAGUGGCAAUGUCAGAUAGGUACAAGUUGUGGGUGGACACAUGUUCAGAAAUUUUUGGUGGCCUUGACAUCUGUGCUGUGAAGGUUGUGCAUGGGAAAGAUGGAAAAGACUAUAUAAUAGAGGUCAUGGAUUGUACAAUGCCGGUGAUCGGUGAACACCAAGCGGAGGAUCGACAACUAAUAGCUGAUUUGGUCAUAAGCAAAAUGAAUUAUGCUCUGUCGAAAAAUCCAAUUCCCUCCCCGCAGAGACCAACGGCAACUACGCAGCCACAGAAAAUAACAUGGCAAAACAGCAUGCUAGUAGAAGUUAGCAAGAUUCCAGCCCAACGACCUCCACCUCAAGGUUGUUUGCAGUACAUUCUCGACUGUAAUGGCGUUGCAGUAGGACCAAAACAAGUCCAGGCUGUGUGAGGGGGUGAUGAAGAGGGGUUCUAGCCAAAAGAAAUACAAAAAAAAAAAAUCAAAAAGGAAAUCAAAAAUGUUGUGCAGUAUUUGCCAUGUUUCAGUGCUGACCUGGACUGUGUUUUUCUAUGCAGUGUCACCUCCUCCUGUCUAGUCUCUCCCUCUCUAUGUCCUCGCCUGUGAUGCUAUCUUCUCUUUUCUCUGUUUAACUUGUGGUUCGGAGCUGAUGUUACCAGUAUACCCAGAAUUGUGCCUCUUUCAAGUCCAACCUGACUGUUUACUAUUAUAAUCUAUUCCUUUUUUUUACGUAUCGUGGGGAAUAACACCUUACUCGCGUUGCAAUCCUCAGACUUUGCAUUAAGCGUGUACGUAUGUAUGUGGGCGU